AUGGACGAUCUUACUGAGAAUUCAGUAAUAGUGUCGAAGAGAUUUGGAUUUCGUAUGAAACCGGUGAGCCUCGUAGAAAAGCUUCGACAUACGAGUGCAGUUUGGAGGUUCUUCUCUUGCUUCAUAGCAGUCGAUAGUGAUGGUCAAAACUUGUUGAAUAGCAGCGGGAAAGAAGUUAGGAUUGUAAGAUGUUCAAGUAGUCAGUGCAGUAAUGCAGAGUUCAAAUAUAACACAAACUCGACAAGUCAAAUGAUAUCACAUAUUGAACGUAUGCAUCCCACAUCGGAUGUUACGCAGUCUUUUCGGAUAUUGAAGAGAAAGCGGUCGUAUGAAACUGACACUGUGGAUUCCGACGAGCCGGAAACUUCGGUCAAAAGGUCGACUGGACGAGCUACGUUCCAAGACAUUGAUGAUGCUGUUCUCAAGUUCCUUGUUGACUGUCGGAUUCCUCUUAGUGCAACUGAGAGGCAGUCAUGCAAGGAUUUAUUUUAUCUAGUAGCUCCAGAGUAUCAGUUGCCAUCACAGUGCGAGUUUUUGCCGCUCAGCGUACCGUUGGAAAUAAAUCUUGUAGAAUGUGCAGGCUUAAGCGUACAUAUUUCUCCAGUAGAAGCGUCACUGUGUUCGGCUUUCGAGGAUUAA